AUGGUCCAUUCCAUUCGACACACACGCCGUGUAGCCAACAGCAAUGCAGCCCAAACAAAUGAAGGUUCUAGAACUGCAGGCGAUGCCUCACAAACGACAACAGUUGUUGAAGCUCCCCCAAUAGAGCCACCCAAAAAAGAUGAAGGAAGCCAGGGUCUCGAACAAAAUUUAAACAACCUCCAUGUGGUGUUAAAGUGGCUCUUAAACCAAGUGGUGACGAACAAUUUAGUUAUAUUUACUACCUGUCACCUUACAAAUACACUACUCAGCUUGGGGUCAUACUUAGAAGAGAAUAUCCAGCGUUUGUUCCAAGUUGCAGCAGGAGAUCAGCAAGAUGCGGACUGUGUUUUAGAAGGCCUUUUGAAGAAAAGGGUGAAGGACAUGAUGUAUCAAGUCCGUGUGGAUGCUGUCAAGCAGUACUACAGGGAAAUAAAACACAUAGAAAUCAAAGAUGCAAUAGCAUGCCAUAUUGACCUUGAGUAUGAGCAAUACAAGCAAGGAAAGCUCGAGUGGUUGAAUGAUGAGGUGUGGCUCCUCCUUUGUGCUUAUUGGUGCUCAGAUGACUACAAGGUAAAAUGUAAGAGGGGGCAAACAUCUCGCUCAAGUAAUGAAGAUAUUGCUCAAAACCGAGGAGGAUCUAGACCAUUCAUAGAGACACAACAAGUAUUGGAAGCUAACUUUGGACCACAGAAAGCAACCCCUAUUAAUACUUUUGCUACGAUGAAAUCUGGCUUGAAAAGCCUAGAUAGCAAUGGUAGAUGUGGUCCAAUCAGUAGCCGCAAAGCACAAACACGAAUGGAUGACUACCUUGCUGCUGUUAAGAGGAUAGAAUGUGUAAACGGAGAAGACGGAGAUGCUGCAGACAUGGAAGUGGAUGGGCAUGAGGUUGAGCAGCAGCAAUAUUUAAAUGGGAAGGCGCUAUAUGAUGUGUCUAGUGGUGGCCCGAGAAAGCACGGACGUCUUGCCAUAGCAAAUGGUGCGGUUAAGUCUUCAGAUGUUAGGGCAGCCGGAAGGGAAAGAAGUGUGCGCCCAUCAAAUUCAAUGACUAUGCAAAACAUGUCUUGUGAAAUGGAACAGCUACGUCUUGCAAAUGGAAGGCUAGAGCAAGAGAAUCAUGAAAAGGACAACGCACUUGAGCAAAAUAAAGUUCUUGUAGACUUGGCAACUGGUUGUUCUCAUGCUGCCUCAGAAUCUGCCAACAAUGCUAAUGAUGUUGGACACACCAAUGGGGAUCUUCAUGCUGCAAACGUUGGCAACAAUCAAGGUUCCAACAACAAUGGAGAUCAUGCAUCGAUAAUGUGA